AUGGAGGACUGGAGCGAGGAAUAUCGCGACUACGCGCAAGGAGAAUAUUACAGCGACCCGAGUCCUUUCCACAUCUCAACCAAGCUCAUCGAAGGUUGCUCUGUGUGCGAUAAGGGCGGCUUGCUUCGCUGCGAUGCAUGCUACGUAGUGCACUACUGUCGUCGCAUACACCAGUAUGCACAUCGUAAGCAACAUAAGUCAGUGUGCACCAAGAUCAAAAAGGCGCAACAGGCAAAGCUUCGUGCAGGUCCAGACGGUGCGCAGGACUGGGCUCACCCUCUCGAGGACCGGUGGCCACAUCGUUUGUGGAUUAUUCAUCCGAUGCGCCAGUACCUGACCGCCCGUUUUGCUGUGGUAAAACUUCAAAUGAAACUAAACACGCGGACGGCAGUGCAGACAGCCUUGAAAAACAUCUUGGAUAUGCUAAACGAACGCCGCCAAGAUGAUUUCUAUCUGCGGGACCUUGCACCAGGCCUUUUCCUCCGCUUAGGCUGCGAUCAGGAGUGUUACGACUUUGUCAAGUGGUGGACGUGCCGCUUCGAUCCAAGAAAGACUGACAUGGACACGCCCUAUGUGGACAUCAAAGACGCAGAUAUGUUCGAAGCCCCCGAUAUCUUCAUGGAAGAUACGCGGCCACACGUCGUGCCGCUCCUCGCCGUCAUGUUACUUAAGAUUCGUCUGUUGAUCAACCUAACCGAAUUGCAGCGCGUGAAGCGGGAAGCAGGGCCAUAUGUUCCACAGGAAAUCCAAGAUUUGAUAACAAUUCAUGUUGUAAGUCCUGUGGUCGCUGCGAAGGGAGAAAGCUUCCAGCGGGAAAACCUCGUGCCGCCAAUACAUGACCUAAAACGCCAAAUUCGAAGACUGUACGAUGCAGUGCAUAAGGCAAACAAGUACAUAUGGCUGGCUAUGGUGAGACCCGGCAAUCAUCUCACGGCCAUGCCUUGGUACUCGGGCACGGGCACCAUCCAGGAAAUGCAAACCAAGUUACCAUACAUUUAUAAUGCGUGGUCCGAAUCUACUGGUGCGAUUGGGGUGAUUGAGGAAUUGCAGAAAGAAACGCGAAGUUGUGAGUGA